GUCCCGCCGUCCCGUGCUGUCUCAGUCUCUCCUAUUCAUAUACCAUAAUACCAUUCAGACAGACAUUGACCUCUCUACGACUCCUUGAGCGACCCCUUUUGAAAAGCUUCACACCACUACCACCACCACCACCGCCGCCGCCAUGAAGUUCACCAACGUUGCCGUCGUGGCCCUCGCUGCCGCCGUCCAGGCCGCCCCCGAGCCCAUGCCCACGCCCAAGCCCGACAUCUUCAACGACGCCUCCACCUUUGUCAACGGCCUCGUCUCCGACGCCUCCACCUUCGUCAACGGCAUCGGCUCCUCCGCCGGCAACAUCAUCUCCGACGGCAAGUCCAUCGCCAGCGACGUCGCCUCCAAGGGCCAGAGCUUCCUCUCCUCCCACGCCGCCGAGGCCUCGUCCGACAUCCAGCGCCUCACCAGCGAGGCCGGCGCCCGCGUCUCCAGCUUCCACAACUUCCUCUCCACCGCCACCGACGCCGCCGCCCGCAGCAGCGCCAGCGCCGAGCUGAGCCGCAUCUCCCAGACCGUCGCCGCCGCCACCAGCAGCAUCGGCGCCGCCGCCUCCUCCGCUACCCGCAGUGGAGGCGCCGCUGCCACCAGCUCCAGCACCGCCGCCGGCGCCCUCGGCCCCGCCCCGACCGCUGCCGUCGCCAUGGGUGCGCUCAUGGGCGGUGCCGCCUUCUUUGCCAACUUGUAAGGUGCCAGGCGUAUCUCUCAAAGGAAGGUGCUGCGCAUAGGUACCAUGACGGGGUCGGCAUGUGGCCCGGCGGAGGAUGUAAUACCCCUUGAAAGAGAAAUACGGCAACCGAGGACCGCGUCCAGUUUCAGUGGCGUUGCAGACAGUACGCAACCACCAAGUCUCUCACGAGACGGCCAUUGCCAGAAUAGAUUCCACAGUUUCAUCUCGCGUUAAGUUACAAUGCGCUACCAAUCACGUACAUAGUUGCAAAAAUACCACAUCAUCUGAUAA